AUGCAGAAAAUAACUUCAAUAGAUGACAGAUCAAUAAAUAAUAAUAAAGAACGAUGUCGAGAUUUUUCACCGAACCACGAUCUAGGCAAAGGUUUCGUGGAACGUUACAAGGCCUCUGCGCCUUUCCACCUAUUUUACACAGGCUUCGAACCAUCGCAAGACGCCAACGAUCGUUCGCUUGCUAUAAAUCUUGGAGAUUUAAUCCACGUUGUCAUGGGCACGAUUGAACAUAGUUUACACGUGACUUACUCUUGUAGCGUCGAUUGGCUUAUUUCAAUGUACAAAGGUGCCCACCAAAAUACACGCAUGACUAUCAUUGCUCAAAAAUUUGAGACUUGCAAUUCACGCAUCAUUCCAAAAAAUGUGAAUAUUUACCAUAUUUCGAUGCCAGGACGUUAUAGCUCGGCGCAUGCUAAAUUUUCUAUAUUUAUCUAUUCGAGUGGCAAAAUGAGGAUUAUUGUCACCUCGGCCAAUUUUCAAGAAUCGGAUUGGUUGAAAUUUGCAAAUGGAGUUUGGGUGUCGCCAUUAUUACCACGAUUACCACCCCAUGCUUCCAAAAUGGAUGACGAAUCAAGGACUAAUUUCAAGUCAAAUUUAUUGGCUUUCCUUAAAGAAUAUGGCAAAUACGUCGAAAACAUGGGAGUGAAUUCCAGAAAUCCAUCGAACUAUGCUUUAAGCAUAGGAACAACAUCUGAUAGACAAAAACUAACAAGUUCCUUAAGCUCUACACCAUCUACAAUCUACAUCCUCGGAUGUUAUUCCCCCAGCUCCUGUGUUCCCAACGGCGCCAAUCCCAAAGAAGAAAAGCAAAGUUAA